GAGGGUGAGACUAGCACACGUGUGUCUUUGCCAUAAAUUAUUUAAUGUUCAUCGGUUUAUUCUGUUCAAACCACAGGCUGGCGCACACUGUGGCUUCCCUGCACUCAUGGCUCGGCUCUCCCUUGCAGAAGUGGGCCUGCUGCUUCUGUUAGUGCUGGCCUUGGUGCUCAGUGCUGAAGCAAGUGAGAAGAGGCUGAAGACACUUAGAAGGAAGAAGAGAGAGUGGGUCCUUCCUCCUGCCAAGAUGAAGGAGAACCAAGACUACACUCAAAAGCCAUUCAUUGCCAAGAUCCGCUCUGAUAAAGACACAAGUGAAAGGGUGGAGUAUUUUCUCUCUGGACCAGGAGCUGACAAACCACCCUUCAACCUCUUUGUGGUGGACCAUGAAACUGGGUUUGUACGAAUUACUGGUCUCCUGGACCGGGAGAAAAAAGCAUUCUACAAUCUAACAGGAAAGGCUAGAUACAUGGAUGGGAAUAAAGCAGAGGAAGACAUACCACUGACUGUCAUAGUCCUGGACGAGAAUGACAAUGCUCCUUAUUUUGAGCUGCAUACCGGCAAUGUCACAGAGUCAAGCAAAAAAGGAUCCUUUGUUAUGCAGAUCGUGGGGAAAGAUGAUGACCAAGAGGGAACAAUUAAUUCAGAGAUCUCCUACAAAAUUAUCAGUCAGGUGCCAGAGGGUCCAGCUCGCAUGUUUGAUCUUGACAGCAAAACAGGCAAACUAUACGUCAAAGAUGCCAGGCUGGACAGAGAGACUUGUGACUACUACAAACUGGUUGUACAGGGGACUGAUUUGGGAGGGGCAGUAGGGGGGCUGACAGGGACAGGAACUGUGGAGAUCAAGGUGCUGGACAUCAAUGAUAAUAAACCCAUUCUGGAAAAAUCUGAGCACACGGGCUCAGUGGAUGAAAAUGUUGCUGAUGUAAUCGUGAUGAGAAUCAAAGCUCUGGACGCAGACCUUGAACCCACAGACAACUGGAAGACUGUCUUUAAAAUUGUCAAAGGAAAUGAGGAUAAUCUCUUCACCAUUGAGACAGAUGAAAAAACCAAUGAAGGCAUCCUUAAGUUGAUCAAGCCUUUGGAUUUUGAAGAAGUCCAGAAACUUGCGCUUGGCCUGUCCAUUGAGAAUGUAGCUCCUUUUGUGGAGGGUGGUGCUGUGGAGAUGGAUGUGGACGUCCAAGUUGGAGAGGGUGGUCCUGUGGCUACCGGUGCUGGAGCUGGUGCUGAUGCAGGGGUAGACAUAGGAGUAAAUUUGGAUACAGGUGUAGGCGUGGGCGGAGAUGCUGGAGCUGAAACAGGGGUAGGGUUAGGGUUGGAUACAGGACUUACGCCUGGAGUCGGGGUUGGAACUACUAAACCAGGAACAAAACCAAAGCAAGAUGCACCUGAAAAAACCUAUGCCAUUCUGAUAUCAGUGAAUAAUAUGCCAGAGGGUCCAGCGUUCAGACCUGACACCAAGAUUGUUCCUGUAUCAGAAGAUCCAAAUGAAUUACCUAAGGAUGGUGUGCUCACAUCGUUCCCUGCUAUCGAUCCAGACACAGGAAAACAAGCUGAAGACGUCAGUUAUGCCAAAGCCCACGAUCCUGACAACUGGUUUACCAUCGAUGAAGAAACAGCUGAGAUUAAACUCAACAAGGCACCAGAUAGAGAGUCACCAUUCUUGGUGAAUGGCACCUACAUUGCCAAGAUUCUGGCCAUAACCAAAGACAUGCCAUCAAAGACAGUCACGGGAACAAUAGCCAUUCAAGUCAAUGACUUCAAUGACCACUGUCCCAGCCUGACCACCUCCCGCAGCAGUCUGUGCUCUGAUUCAAAAACUGUGUAUGUUACUGGCAUCGAUGAGGAUGUUAGUCCCAAUGCUGCUCCAUUUAAAUUCACAAUCAUCCCUGAUGGGACACGAGGCAAAUGGGACGUAGAAAUCAUCAAUGAGACGAGUGCUGCUCUUCACUCUCACGAGAUGCUGUGGCCCGGCGAAUAUAAGCUUCAGGUGGAAGUGACGGAUGCUAAGGGUCUGUCUUGCUCGGCCAGUGAACCUUUUACUGUGGAAGUUUGUGACUGUGUGGAAAGAGAGGGCUGCGGUGCAAGGACAGCCAAACGAGGAGCUCCUUCAUCUGAGCUCUCUGCCUCAGCCAUCGGCUUGCUGCUAAUGGCAUUGUGCUUGCUGCUGCUCAUUCCUCUUCUCCUGCUGUUCUGUCAGUGCGGAGGAGCAGACACCAUCUUUCCUGACCAAUUCAGUGAUAUACCAUUUGACGCCAAAGAACACCUCAUAUCUUAUCACACUGAAGGAAGAGGCGAGGAUAAGGAAGUUCCGCUCCAAAGUGUCCCUAUCAUGAUGGGUACCCAAAAGAAGGUUGAGGCUGCUGCAGCAGCAGCAAACUUCAACUCCGCUGCUUCUAAAAUCACAGAGACUCAUCAGACCAGUGCAUUCUAUGAUGAGUCUGUGCAGUGGCUUCAGGACACCGGACAAAGUUUGAUGGAGGUGGACAAUGUCUAUGGGUUUUCAGGGAAAUCGUUCAACAACAGCAGUGUUGUGUAUGGCAGGCCAAAACUUGGUAUCCAACGCUCGACAACAGCUCUGUAUGACAAUAUAGCCUUACCUGAUGCUUUCCUCAAUGCGUACUACUCGCAGAAAGCAGAUUGUGUUGUGCCAGUGAAGGACAGUCUUUUGGAUUAUGGCUUUGAGGGCCAGGGCUCCCCUACUGGCUCAGUGGGCUGCUGCAGCCUCUUGGAGUCUGACAACGACCUGCAGUUCCUCAAUGACCUUGGAUCAAAGUUCAAGACCCUGGCUGAGAUCUGUUCCCCUCCUACACCAACACCGAAACCCUCCCUGACACACAAAGUAACAGGUGGUGUCAAAGCCUCAGUUGAUAUUGUUGAACCAGUUGUGAGGCCCAAAAUUGAGCACAAUGUUGAGACAAAGCAUACCGAUAUAAAGACAGAGAAAGUCAUGUCGUCUACUAACAUCUCCAAAUCAUCUGUCAGUACCGUGAGCACUGCCCCGCAAUCCAUGACACUUCCUCGCACUAACGUUACUAACAUCAGUCAGUCUUCUAACAUCAGUCAUUCCUCUAACAUCAGUCAUUCUGCUACUCUGCCCCGUCAAGCUCAGACAGUCAUACUACAGCGGCAGCCAGUUUACUACAGCACCAGCCCUGUUCUACAGCCUAUGCACUAUGUAGUUCAACCACAGCUUCAGAAUACCGUACUGCUGGCUAAUGGGGCCCAGGGAGUAAAUGUACCAGGCUUUUAUGUUGUCAGUGGGCCCCAGAAUCCUUCUUCUGAACUCGUAAUCAGUGGAUCCCCACGCUCUCCUUCUGGGCUAGUUAUUCAGGGCACUGGAAGCCCCAAAAGCCCUGCCAGCCCCGCCAGUCCAGUAAGCCCCACCCUGUUGCUACCUGGUAGCCCAGGUGUGUCUCAGGGCACAGUCCCUGGGAAGGGCUGGAAAAUGGUAGGGCCAAAUCCUGAUGGUAGUUACAUGUUAGUUAUGGAUAAAAGCAGUCCAGGUGAGGCAGAGGGGGUGGACCCAGGCUCAUCUCAGGGCACUUUGCCCAGAGGUGCUAUCCUGGUAAAAGAGGCUGCUCCCCCUCAGGGGGCGUUAGGCCCAGCAGCCCAGGGCAGUGUGUAUGGCAUUCUGCCAGGACACACUGUUGUUAAAAAUGGGGGUGUUGUUGCAGUUAACAACAAUUUGGGGCAAACAUGGGUUAGGCAGCCAGGGCAGAUGGGGUUAAGGCCAGUCAAUAUUUUGGGAGUUGGUGCUGGGCAGCUGAGAAUGAGACAUGUGGUGACAGCAAAGCCAGAAGGCAGACAUACUGGAAUAUGGCCACCUGGGAUUAAUUCAAUUGGGAUUAGGCAGAUCAGUGUAAACCAGUCCCAAGGAAUACCACCUAUGGAGCAAACAAGGGAUCCCAGUGGUAUUCCAAAAGGAUAUAGAAUAGAAUCACCAAAGGAGGACAAGACAACUAGUGUUGUAAAUACCGUCAUUACCACAGACAUAAUUACUGCUGAAGCUGUUAAAACUAAUCAAUCUCCAAAGGAAGAGGUUAUGACAAAAAAACUGUUUAUGGAUGACAGUGAUCCAACUCAGAACACGCAUACUGAUACAGUUGAAGAACAGCAAGAUGUGAUCAGUAAAGCAUCAGAGCACGACCCAGCACUAAAUGAUGAGGAGCCAAGUGAGGUGGUCCAAGAGUAUCAAACACAAACAUCAGAAAAAUCUUCAAUUGCAAAUCUUGAAGAAGACAUUGUUAAAUCAUUACCCGGGUCAGAUGUACUGCAGACAUCAUUUGAGCAGUCUGAUACAGUGGUAGAGAAACUAGGAGAUACAAAAGAUGAAAUUGUGCCCGAUCAGUUGAAUAAAAUCACAGAAGCUCCAACAAACACAUUUACAGAUGUUGAAAGUCAAACAACAGAAGCCAAUGACCCUCAACAGAACAUAGAGGAAGAAGCUGAGGCUCCACAGGCAGGACAGCAGGAAAAUCUUGGUCCCACUGAAGGUUAUUCCAAGGAAGAUGUAUUUAUGGUCACAGAAAUGUCCUCCACAGAGGCUUUGCAACGUGGAUCAGAUGUCUCUGAUUUAGAUAAUACAGAUGUAAAGGAUGAAGAGACAUCAGCAUUUCAUCAAGGAGAGGAAGCCACUUCUACAUCAGACCACCUCAAAAUUGUAGAUGAUCAAAUACACGAUAGCACAGAAGAAAAUGUGUGCAGCCAGGAAGCAGCACCUCUGAAAGAGGAAGAAGUGGAAGAAGAAGGAGAACCCGUUCAGCUCAGCACAGUUGCAGCUCCAGAAGUCAGGAGUGCUGAAGUUGAGUCAGAAUCUCAAUCAAAUCAAGUCUCAGAGGAUCAAAGUGACAGGGACCUGGAGCAAGAUGUCAGUCCAGCAGAGGAAGUUGUUUCAGUCUUAGAAACAAAUCAGGUCGUUGCCACCUCUGAUAGUAUCCAGGCAGAAGAGAUUAUGGAGGAAAGAACAACUGUCACCAGUGAUACACAUGAGGAUGUUAAGGCUAAGCAGGAUCAAAUGUUAGAUUCUGAUGUGGAGCUUGAUACUGUGGAUGCUCAACUGUUAGCAACUGCUCCAAAUGAGAUUUCAAUGGACACUUUAAUUGUGUCUGAAGAGAGGUCCAUUCCUGAUCAGGAAGCAAUGCCAGAACUAGAGGCAGAUCGUAGUGAAGGGUUUCAGAUAGGUGAAGGUCAUGCACAAAGAGAUUUCGUUGAUGCUGAAGCAAGAACAUCAUUGCAAACUGGGAGCAUCAUUUUAGCCAACCAAGAAGAAGGAGAUCUGGGCGAUUCAAAUUUGAUAUCCGCAUCAGAGGAAAUUACCACUCAAGUACAAGCAGAGGCCUCUACUGUGCCAACCAUUUCAACAUUAGAGCAGCAUCUGCAGAUAGCAGAAGAUAAAGAUGAUGAUGAUCAACAGCAUAUAACGUCAGAAUCGGGAGAAGACAAGGAUCAAGUCAGUGCAGAUACAGACAGUGUAAGUGAUGGAGAAAAAGAAGGGAGCAUUGUGGAGGAAGGAGUCUCACAGCAAAGUUUCAGUACCUCUGAUGACCAAGAUGAAGACAUUGAAAGACAAGAUGGAUUGAGCACAAGUUCUCAAUUGGAGGAAAAUUUCAUCUCAGAUGACAACACCAGUAAUGAAGAGAAAGAUGAAGAUGCUGUGGAGGAAACUGUGCCACCGGUACAGCAAAAUAUAAGCUCUUCAGAUGACCAAGAUGAAAAGAGUGCAAAAGAGAAUGCAUCAAGCACUAGUUCUCAAGUUGAUGAUACAGUAAUGUCAGAUGAUAACAUAAAUGGUUCAGAAAAAGAGGAGGGAGAGACUCUGGAGGAUGUGACAUUACCCAUACAGCAAAAUGUUAGCAUCACACACUCCCAAGAUGAAGAGAUUGAAGGAGAAGAUGUAUCAGGAAGAAGUUCUUCAUUGCAGGAUGAGCUUGUCGCAGGUGACGACAUAGAUACUGUUGAGACAGAGGAUCAUAUUGCGGAGAAAGUGACAUCACCCAUACAGCCCCUUCUCAGUAUCACGAAUGAUCAAGAUGAAGAGAUUGGAAGACUAGAUGCAGGACAUGCGACUUCCACAGUGGAGGAUCAGCUCACCUCAGAAGAUAACGCAGGAGAUGGAGUGCAAGAGGUGUCACCUGUAGAGCAAACCCCUUUGAGCUCAGAUGAAGACAGUGAAAGAGAAUAUGCAUCCCACACAGUAUCUCAAGUGGAGACAAAACUAAUCUCAGAUGUUGAUGGAGAGAAAGAGGAGAUAGAGGCUGCAUCCAUACAUCAAAACAUUUGCAUUUCAGGUGACCAAGAUGAAGACAGUGAAGAAGAAGGUGCGCCAGGCACAAGUUCUCACAUACAGGAAGAAGGCAUCAAGUCUAACCAGCUUUCAGAGGAGGAAUCUCAGCCAUUAGACACUGAAUGUCUAUCAGCAAUGUCGAAGGUGACUGAUACUCAAGAAAUGCCUAGUGAAAUUACUACACAUCAAGUAAGGCAAGGGUUAGUCUCUUCUCAGACAGGUGAGAUACCUCUGGAUAUUGCUGAGAGGCACAUAUUGGUGAGGGAUGCUAACAUGGAGGGUUUGGAUGAUGUGGUCACAUCUUCAGGGGAACUGAUAUCAUCCAGGGUGGCAACAGGACAGGUUUAUAUGUCCAGUGAAAAUAAAGGGGUCAGUGGUAGCAUACUGGCAUCAGGACAGAGUGACGGUGGAGAUCUCACUUUGGAAAAAGGCAAUGUAGAGGCCACUUUUGACCCAGAAAUUACAGAGGGGUUAGAUGGAAGUACAACUCAUGCAUCUGGUCAGGUAUUACCAAUAUCUUCUUCAGAGAUUGAAGUGGUGGGCAAGACCAUAUCUUCGAUGCUGGAAACAGACCCAGGCUCUGCAGAGAUAGGAACUGCAAGUUUUAUUGCAACAAGUGAGGUAGCUGAGGAAGCUGGUGACCUUGCUCAGAAUGAGAGUGUGCACAUAACUGGAGAAGCAGCAGAAAUAGGCCCAAAUACCGUGGGAAAUGCUGGUUUGAUAGAUGUUGAGUCAAAAGCUUCCGAUUACUUGCAUGGGGCUGAGGCAAGUGGGGGUGAAGUGAGUCCUGAUCAAACAGUCAUUAGCCAAACUCGGAACAAAUUCAGAAGGAGUAAAAAGGACUCCAGCAAGAAACCUCAAAGUCCAAAAAGCCCCUCUGGAAAGUGUAAGCAACAGUGAUUGCUUUCAGUUUGAAGCCGCAUGAACAACUAUACAGUUACCCAUAGCGUUAAAUGUGGAAGUGGUAUGUUCCCAGUUGAAUUGGCAACUUUCUGCAUCAAAGAUCAUAUGAAUUACAUGGGUUUUGUGAAAGUAAAUUUUCCAAAAAUGGCAAGAGGGCUGUUAGAAGAUAUUGCACCCGCAAUAUGUGAGGCUUCUGUUUAGACCUUUGUCUUGUAUGUACUGGAUGCACUGAUUGCUGAGCUGAUUGAUCAGUAAGGCCUUUACAUCAGAUGAUUGCUUUGUGUUGCGGUGUUGAUGCUGUGUGGGGCAGACAGGCAGAGAGAAACGCAAGUCACAUGUGAAGGGCAACACACACUCAAAACACUCACCCCAUAUGUAAGUUAUCUAUAAUCUCAGACAUCCUGACCUAGACAGAUUGGAGCAGUGGAGCAGGAUACCACUCUGUUGUAGUUCCCAAUGUUGAUGUGUGUCAAAGUUGCAGGAAAGCACAAGUUUGUCACAGUAUCUCCUUGGAUUGGUGCAAUUCAGCUCCUGUACCUUGAAUCUGCGACCAGUGUUUUGCACUUGAGGGUUUUGUGCCACUAACUUUCCAGGGUCAAACCAUGGACUAAGCAUACUGAACACUCCAAAUAACACAAAGAGCUUCUGAACAUCAAUGCCCAGGAAUCAUUAAGUUAAAGCUGGCUGACUGCACCCACAACUUUUAUGUCAAACAGGUCUGUUGAUACUGUACUCCACAGGACAUGGACCGCGGAACGCAUCUGAACAAGGGGGGGCCAUAAUUUCAAGCCACGCGGAGGGGGUGGGGGGGCAUAUGCAUUGAAACAGACAAUAUUACUGAUGUAUUAAAUAACGUUGCGGAG